GGCCGUAUUUUAUAGAACAAUUAUUGCAUAGGGUGAAAGUGAAAGCUAUCCGCAGAGGUCUUAUCUCGUUCGCUCUUUUUAUCCUAUAUUUUCUCUGGUUGUUCGUGUUCCAUGUAAAUGCUUGUAAGCUAGGAAGAUGAGAAGGGUAUCUGCCAUCUCUUGGUCUCUCUCUGUUUUCCUUUUAUCUUUCUUCUUCCAUCUCUUGCCAUUGUCAAUAUGGUCAGAACCUGCAGAGCCAACUCCAGCUGAAUGGCCUCCCAAAUUCAAUGCACUUCUGUUUGAGAAUAGCAGUGGCAAGCUCCACGUAAUAGAUUUCUGGUAUGACUGGUCGAGAGGAGGCAGUCUGCGCAUAACCCAGAACCAGUUGGCGAAGCUGACCUAUGAGCGGUCAUGGGAUAAUGGCACCUCCUACCUCUACCCUUCAGAGAUCCACAGCCCAUGUUGGCUCAUGCAUAUUCCACCCGGUAUCCUCCGCCCCAAUUGGAUGGAAGGUGCCAUCUACCACGGCCAGCAAUACGUUGAUGGCUUCCUCUGCAAUGUUUGGGAGAAGGUUGGCGUGGUUUGGUACUAUGAAGACGCGGUUACUAAGACGCCUGUUCAUUGGUCUUGGAUCCCUUUUCCAGGAGAGCAAAGUGUUCAUGUGAUUACAUUCAAUGUGGGGGCAGUGCUUGAGGAUGUGGAUAAGUGGGAGGUGCCUGAUUACUGUUUUAAUAAUAAUAAUAAGCUGGAGAAUGAUGAGGAAAUGAAGGCAUCAGCUUUUUGAAUGAAUUGUUGGGAAGCAGAAGAAGUUUGUUUGGGUUUUGGCAAAUCAUUUUCAAGUGGAUCCCAUCACAUAUUGAAAUCUAAUUUUGCUUUGUUUUCCUUUAUUGAACAUUUGCUAAGUUAUAUUAUUAUCAUCAAUGUAUAAACCUCUAAGAUUUCCACUAAUA